AUGGCGCCGAUAGCCCCGAUGUCACUGCUUCCCGGUAUCCUCAUACUCAAUGCAAAGUAUUUACCGGAUUCGGAGACAAGUGCCGCCAAAGUGGGAGCGACCUCCAUUGCCUUCUCCGUUGCGCAUGUCCUCCAACAUGAGGGGCUUUUCGCUGGCAUGAUUCUGUAUCAGAGACAAGAGGAUCUCAGUCAGCCGAAAGUUUCCAUCCAGUUCAGGGCAUCUAUUCCGUGUGUUGUCCUAUGUUUCAACUUCGAAAUGCGCCGAUCGGACAUUCGGGACGCGAUCAGCAGUGCCACGGAGAUGCUGCUCAUGGCGACUCGCGGAGUUGCUGGGCUCGCCAUUCUAUACCACCAAACCGACACCCUUCUAGCGUACAGUCCGUGUUGGCUACCUAGCUGUGUAACGCAUCACGGUCCGUUUUAUGACGACUUUGUCCAACACUUUUGCAUGGAACAAGCAGCGAUUGCCUUUGGAAGCAGAGAAAAGGCCUAUCAUCUUCGGAAGCACCAGCGCAUUGGGCUCAAUCAUCUUCGCCGGUCCAAAAACACGUUCGUCCUGCAACACUCAUCCGUGCAACGCAAGUAUCUUACGGAGCACGGUAUUGAUCCCGCCCAGAUUUAUCGACUUAGCCCCCCGAUCGAUAUUGGCCAGUUCGAGCAUCAAGACCUUGCCGUGACGCAUCCCGAAAUUGCAUCUUUCGUCGAGAAAAAGCCAUCCCUCAUACUGUUCACUGCCGUAGCCCGUCUCGACUUCUUCAAGAACGUGGAGCUAUUAAUGGACGCAGGGAUCGAGCUUCUGAGACGCGGUAUUGCUGUUAAGGUCUUGGUUGCCGGUGGUGAUGACAGCGAGCAGUUCCGGCGAGCGAACCUUCUGGAACGAGUACCAACAGCUUUCAUCUCGGCAUUCAUGGUGGCCCCCAAACUCCCCAAAGACAGCUUGUAUGCUCUGUUCGAUGCAGUCAAGGACAAUGGAUUCUUCGUCUGCCCCUCUCGCUACGAGACUCUCGGCAUCACCCCUCUCGAGGCCGCACUGAGCGCCGUCCCAACACUCAUCGUGGACAAUCCGAACGUCGAAGCUUCGUGUUACUUUCCUCCCGGGAAUCGAUUCCGGCACUCAGCAACGGACUUGGCUAAAGUGGUCGAACAUCUCCAGAAGGAAGGGAUGCAAGGCCGGGGAGAGGCUCUGCGUAACGUGCUGAAAAAACACAUCUCGCACGAGAAUUUCAAGCAAAGUCUGUUGAAGGCCUGGGCGGUAUUCUCCAAACCCGAGAUUGGGAGUCUCGAAUCGAUGCUCAAUUUGUCCGGAGAGGUCGUUCAGUCACGGCUCGUUAUCAGCGUUGAAAUAGACGGCACGAGACUUGGACACGGAUACAAAGUACCUGGUAACUAG